AUGGUGGAAACGAAGCUCGUCCAGUCGAGCUCGCUCUCGAAACUUUCCAGUGGCGGAGGUGGCGUGACGGCCGGCACCGAGGACCACUACGAUCCUUCCGUGCGGAUACUCCACAUUCCGAAGCAGGCGGACGGUUCCUGCGGGUUUCAUCUGACGCGCAGCAAAUGGGAUCCGUAUCCUUGGGUCAGUGGUGUGGACGCAGAAUCACCGGCCGAGGUGACCGGGUUGAAGGUUGGCGAUUGCGUGUUGGAGGUGAACAAUGAGGAUGUCCUCGGUAUGCGCAUCGCGGAAGUGGCCGGCAUGGUGCGCGCCAAGUCGGACAUCGUGACGCUGCUGCUGUGGAGCACCGGCAUGGAGCCGGCCUGCAACCCGGAGUCGCUCUGCUGCGGCCCGAUGCCGAUCAACCUCGAGCGGCUGACCGCCAGCAUGCAGACGAUCGUGGCCGCCCUCGAGUGUCCGGUGUGCUUCGACACCAUCCCGCCGCCCGUCUUCCAGUGCCAGAACGGUCACCUGGUGUGCUCCAAGUGCCGGGUCCGGGCCGACCGGUGCGCCAUCUGUCGCGAGCGCUACACGCCCGGCCGGUCGUUGCUGGCCGAGCAGGUCUACCAGUCGAUCACGGAGGCGUUCAACCUGCGCGAGGGGUCGGACGGACGGCUGAGGGAAAGGCUGUUUGGGGCACGGUGUCCCCGACCGGUGAAGAAGAGCCCGUACAGCAGCGACAGCCAUCUGGUUGCCUCGGGGCGGCCCAUACACUCGCACACGCACAAGUUUCUGGCGCGCAUCAUGGGCAAGGCCAGCUCGGUGGACAACCUCAGCAAGCACCACCAGCAGCUGUCGCCGGAGGCGGACGUCGGGGACCUGCAGGGGUCGAAGGGCAAAUCGUUGUCCCUGUCGUCGAGCGAGAUAUUCAAACGUGAUAACUCGGUGUCGGUGCUUCGAUGUCCGUCGGCGAACCGGUUGGCACCGGAGCUGUCCGCUUCCUACAACAGCCUCACCGUGCGCCGCCCAACGUCGUCCAUGUCGUGCAACGUCUCGGUCGAGAGUCUUGGCAGCAUUCCGGAGAACGGUAUCCAGCUGACGGUCCCUGUACUGCACCCUUCGCCAGCGACCUUCCACUGUCCAUGUGGCGAGUACUGCAGCGAUCUAAUCUCCGCGCCGGAACUGCAGCAGCACGUCACCGUGCACCACCGGACGCCGGUCAUCUCAUUCGGGACGGCGUCGGCCGAGAUUUCGCUUCCCCCGCGGACACCCGUCGACAAUGCGUGCCUGUUGCUGCUGCUCGAUGGUCAUAAAUUUUGGCUGAAAUUAAUCUCCGACACCAGCACGAUCGGGGACAUCUUUCUCUCGGCCCUGCUUGAGGGAAGCCCCGAGCUGAGCAAGAGCUACGCACUGGAAGUCAUCAUCCGCAAGGAGGGUUUCGAUCAAAUCCUCGGCAAGGAGCUCAUCUCGCGCUCGGAGGUCCACUCGAUGGUGGACAAGUCGUGGAACGAUCUGGUCAACACGAAGGCGGGCGUGUUCUAUACGGGUGUGUGCAUUCGGGCUACCUUCAGCCCGGACACGGAAAUUCUACUGAAGGCAUCGAUCAAGCGGCUGGCGGACUUGUGA